AUGAAGGACACCGAAACGCAACGUAAACUCGAGAUGAGACACCGCGAGGAAGAGGACGAACUCUACCGACAGUUUUCCAAGAAGAGGGCUGAAGAAGAAACCCAUAUUAGUCAACAAAUUCAAGAAGAAUGGGAGAAAGAAUUGGAAAGAAUUACAUCUCGUUUUCAACACGAGAUAAAUACCAAAAAGAAACGGAUCAGUAAUGACGAGGAAAAGACACUUACGAUACGACACCAGAAAGAAAGAGAAGACUUAGAGAAGAAUAUGACCGUUAAAUUGGACCGAAAGAAGGAGUCUCUGACCAGAAAACUGUUAGAACAGGAAAGACAGGCGACCGCCGAACUGGUGGACAAACAGAGCAAAGAAAUGAUCAACCUCAUUUCCGAAAAAUUCAAUGAGUUCUCACAAACAAACGUCAAGAGUAAUUAUAUUAGUCCGGAUGAUGAGCCACCAAUAAUGCCAUACCCGAGUCAACCGCCCCCUCCCAGUCCUCCAACCAUAUCAAAAAUGGAUAUUUACCACGAUCCCAAUAUUUUCGCAGAACUCGAUCAAAUUGCUAUUAAUGUCGCCCGAGAAGACCAGAAAACGUUCACAGAUUUGGUGCGACUAUUGAUCGGCAGUUGUAUUACUGAUGUGGAGAAAGCGAGGGCUAUAUUCCGAUGGAUUACUGUUAAAAAUUUAAAUACAAUAAAAUUUGACGACGAUAUCAAUGCGGACACACCUAUGGGUAUACUUAGGGGUAUAAAACACGGCACCGAAAGCUAUCACGUCCUCUUUAAGCGGCUUUGUAGUUACGCGGGUUUGCAUUGUGUGGUGAUUAAGGGGUAUUCAAAGAGUGCCGGAUAUCAACCGGGGGUGCGAUUCGAGGACAACCGGUUCCGGAACUCUUGGAAUGCUGUGUAUGUCGCGAAUGCGUGGCGUUUCGUGCAAUGCAAUUGGGGGGCCAGACAUCUGGUCAACGCCAAAGAGGUGCCCAAACCCGGCAGUAAAGGCAAAUCCGAUAGUUUGCGCUACGAAUACGACGACCACUACUUCCUCACUGAUCCCAAAGAAUUCAUAUACGAGUUCUUUCCCCUUCAGCCCGAUUGGCAACUCCUCAAGACUGCCAUUACGAUCAGCGAAUUCGAAGAAUUGCCUUUCGUUCGCUCCCUGUUCUUCAGAUACGGCCUCUAUUUCACGGACGACAGUCUGCGAGCGGUCUUAUAUACGGACAGUUCGGGCGCGUCUACUGUCAGGAUAGCGAUGCCCACAAACAUGACUCCAAGCCUUAUAUUUCAUUACAACCUUAAGUUCUAUGACCGCGAAUCAGAUUCAUUUGAUGGCAUCGGACUCAAGAGAUUUGUGAUGCAAUCGGUGGUCGGAAAUAUGGUCUCAUUCCGAGUUCACGCCCCCUGUAGUGGCGCUUUCAUUAUGGAUAUCUUCGCCAACGCCACCACUCCUCGCGAGUACGUGACGGGAGAGCCCAUGAAAUUCAAGAGUGUCUGCAAAUUCAAGAUCGAUUGCGACGAUUUGCAGACAGUGAUGGUUCCACUGCCCGACUGCGCCAGCGGUGAAUGGGGACCACUGAAGAGCACCCGACUCUUCGGACUCAUUCCGCUCACACACGAAGACGCGCUCAUAUUUGCCGACAGAACUCUGGAAAUACAGUUCCGAAUGUCUCGACAGUUGACUGAUUUCAUGGCAUCGCUUCAUAAGAACGGUAUCGAAGAGAAGAAGCUCUCGAAGUUCGUGUCGGCGCACAUCGAGGACGACAUCGUCUCCUUCUUCAUCAAAUUCCCAGAAGAGGGUCAGUACGGACUCGACAUCUAUACCCGCGAAGUGAACACCGAAUUGUAUUCGGGAGACAAACAAUUGCUGACCCAUUGCUGCAAAUACCUCAUUAACGUCGGCACUAAGAGAAUAUAAUAUAACAUUAC